AUCAAGAGGCGACGUGAUUGGGACAACAAACGUGAAACGUUGGUGUUAAAGCAGAUGCUGUAAAUUCUUAGGUUACCUCUUUUGGAUCACGCAGCUCAUUCCUUCACCGCAACAGUGAGUGCUGGUUCGAUGAAUCCAUUAAUUAGACGGAGACUUCCUCCGUCUGUGAGGAGUCUUCUGACAGAUAUCGGUCCGAAGGAGGACUGGACUGACACGGAGCCUGAAACACAGACCAGAGAUGGGAUUCUGCUCCCGUCCAGAGGAGCUGGACAAGAGGGCUUUCUUACCCCAGCCGUGACCCAGGAGCAGCAGGCUACAGAGGACGGGAGAAGCACCAAGAGGAGCCCAGUCUGCAUGCUGUGUAAAUGUAAACCCUCAUGCUACACCUGUCCCCGGUGUAACCUCCAGUAUUGUGGCUUAGCUUGCUACCAGAGCCCAGGUCACUCUGACUGCUCCGAGGAGUUUUACAAAGAGUCUGUUCUACGGGAGCUGAAGGAAAUAGGCAAAACAGAAAGUGAGGGAAAAAAGAAAAUGCAUGAUAUUCUUUUGGGCUUCAGACAACAGGCGGAGAGGACACAUGGAGGGAUGGAAAAUUUGUUAAAAGAAGCUGGUAUUGUGGAACAUGACACCAUGGAAGGGGAGGGAGAGGCUGCAGAGAAAGUCCAGGUUGUGGAGCUUCUUUCCAGGUUAUCAGAGCUUCAGCAGUCAGGAGACGGGAAUACAGCAGAGAUAGAGGCUAUUUUGGGAAAACUUGAAGAGAUAGGAGGACGGGAGCUGCUGACGGGAGAAACUAAUGAGGAAGCUGGACUGGAAGAUGGUGAGCUGGACUUGGCCGAUUGUCUCUCAGGGCUGGAUAUUGACAAACUUUCAGAAGAGGAGCUGUGGGAACUCCUCAGCAGUAAAGAGAAAGAGGGGUUUCUGGGUCUGGUGAAGGGUGGAGCUCUUGGUGGGCUGGUUCCCUUGUGGAAGCCUUGGUGGGAGGAACAUGAGAAGGGAGGGAGAUCCCUGGUGGAGGUGCUGGAGGAAGAAGUAAGCAAACCAGAGAGAGAAACUUCCACAGCUACAGAAGAAGUGAUUCAGAAACAGGGCAAAUCAGCUACAAAGCAUAAAAAUGUUAAAGGAGAAAAUAGAAAGCCAACAAGCAAGAGCAAAAAAAGUUCAGAUGUCCAAAAUGUGCCUCCCAUUUCUGCAAAAAUUCCAAAGUUAAGUUCCUUGUGCGCAAAUCCAUCCCCUCUGAUAUGCUAUGGUUUAGUCAGUUUUUUUUUUGGCUACUCCUUUACCCUGACCCUGUUUAAUGGGGACACUGAUUCACUCAUGUUUGAAUUCUGUGACAUGAUACUUGCUCUGUCUGAGGCGCUGAACUCAAACAGGGUGUUCAACUCUGUCCAAGAAGCCUUAGACUGUGGAGAAACUCUCAUUCUAGGUGGAGGUUUCCUCGACAAGGAGGAUACUCUCGCCUCAACCAGAGCAGUGGAAGCUGUGGCUCACAUCAUGACCGGCAGAGACAGAAAGGAUGCUACAGGGUACUGUCUGGCAGCCUUGAGUCAGCUUCGCUCAGUGCUCUCCCAGGCCAGAACAGCCCUUUCUAAAGAUGGAGAGGAAGGGGCAAAGAGGCAGAAGUACUUCCUAGCCAGCAAGAAGUGUGAAUUCUUUCAAGCCUGGGUGUUGGACAAUGAGCACCAGAUUCGUAGACUGGCUAUUGAACUGUGGAGUGAACACAGUAAAAGAGAGAGUGUAAGGAGCAGCAUGGAGAAAGCAAAGACUGUAGUUGAGCAGAAUUUGAAGAAAGCAAAGAAGAAGGAGAAUAGUAAAUUAAUUGAAGAACUGGACUGAUAAUAUCUCUCUUGAACAUACUGAUGUUUGUAAAAGUUAAUUUUGUAAUAAAAUUGUUGAACGUGGCAAUUGUCUCUUACUGUGAAGUUCAAAUGCCAAAAAGUUCAUUACUUGUCUUUUCCUAAUGUUCUCAUAUCUUAGUAGAUUUGCAAUCAAAAAAGUAUAAUAUAUUCAUAAGUUAGCAUAUAGCAGUUGCUAUUACAGAAUUUUAGUUUUCAUGAUUUCUUAUAUAUAAAGUUUAGCAAACAAACAGAACAAGAACAUGAGGUUAACUGAAUAAAUGUAAAAAUAGGAAAAUACUGGCUCAUGUAUGUUUUAAGUUGUACGUUAUUAUUGUUGAAGAAAUAAUUGAUACAAUUUUACCUGUAUGACAUGACUUGGUGCUACCUAGAUCAAAUUUAUUUGAUAGACUAUAGAGCAAAUUGGGAAUGAAGCCGUUAUCAAAGCCUGUCAGUGAACAUUUUUGUGAAGCCAUCCUUUCUUUGUUGUAGAAUAUACUUUAAUGCUUCGAACUGAUGUGCACAUACACAAUAUAGUAGAUAUUUUGUUAUGUUUUAAUCUUGACACAUUUAAAAAUUAUUUUACAGUGACUAAAAUAAAAAUUGUUUAAAAAGACAAAA